AUGGAUAAACUUCCAACAGAAGUCCUCGCCGAGAUCGUCGAGUUGCUCCGCGAUGACCGCAAGGAUCUUUGGAGCAUCAGUUACACGAACAAAAAGCUGCAUGCGAUUGCCAACGAUAUCAUAUACUCCCGUUAUAAGCUUUACUAUCAGGAAACGUCGCCGUUCAUCCGAGCGCUUGCAUCGAAUCCCAAUCUCCAGCGGUGCGUUCAACACAUCAAGUGGAACAGUCCCAUCCAUGAUGAAGGUGCCUUCGAGUUCCCCCGUUGGAUCACGGAAGCCGAGUUCGAUCAAAUCAAGGAGAAAUUUACGCCGAACGUCAAGGAGCUUUGCAUCUCCACGAAGCAGUGGGAAUAUGAAGGCAUGUGGUUCAAGCAAUCGCUGAUCGGUAAAAUUGGCACAAACCUACAAAAGGUGAUACUCGAUGGCGGAGCGACCGUUGUAAACCUCCUUCCGCUUUUUCUGCUGCCGAAGAUGAAAACGCUGCUCAUUGACUGUCUACUGCAAUCCCCCCUACACGAGGACGCCGAGUUGGAAGCCAUCAACCUCGUUUGGGCACGACUAGAAAAAGAAGGAUCGAAUCUGGAGCAUUUGGAAAUCUCUCACACUGCCACCGACAUGCUCGAUCUCGCCCGCUUGCUGAAAAGCCUCAAAAACCUCAGAGUAAUCGACUACAAGCCCGGCUGCGGCGGGGGUUCGGUCAAGAAGAACAACAGAGACGUACAAACGCUCUUCGAAGCCAUCGGAAACCACUGUGCGUCGCUCAAUAACAUGGCCAUCGACGACGACCGUCUAGUGAUGAACCCAGGCGCGCUUGAACAACUGCGCGGCUUGGAGAACGUGGAGACAUUCCAGAUGCACACGCCCGUCUUCUACGAAAACUCCAUUGCCGUUCUGUUACCAAGGAAUCCCUCGCCGAGUCGCUACAACGAAACCUCGGGAACCUGCCCACGCAUCUCAAAAACCUGCACAUCUCAACCAAGACGGGUUAUCACGACGUGA